AUGACUGUCCUUUCAGCGAGGCGCAUAACAGGCAGGGCCUGGGCCUUGGCUGGCAGUUACGGCUUCAUUCGUCCUCGAACAUUACGGAAAUAUGGCUCCGAAGCUGCGCCACCGCGCGAGCAACCUGCCGUAAAAAAGCGCCCUCAGUUCCACGACUACUUCGUCACGCAUCUACCGUCAUCCUCGCUUCAUCCAGACCCUCGAGGCCCAACCUCUCCCUUUCACAAACUCCCUCGUUCAGCGUCAAUACCACAUGUCGGAGAUACAUCGCAUUCACCAACGACGUUCCAAAAUCUGGUCGACCGUGAGAUGACGGUGGUCCGAAUCCCGCUUCGCAGCGCCAAGCAUCAUUUUGGAGCCGUCACUGCCCGUGGCACUCGCCCUGCAAAUGAAGAUACAUACCAAGCCGGCGUCAUCGAUAUUCCUGCCUUCGCAAAGCGACCACCAGCGUCGCUCACGAUCAAGCGAUCCAAGAGCCCAAACUCACUACCUUCAUCGCGCGAGUCGCGAGCCGCGGACACCGCCAGUGGGGAUCCACAAGUAUUCUAUUUUGGAAUCUUUGACGGACAUGGCGGAUCCGAGUGCAGUACAUUCUUGCAGGAAAAUCUUCACGAAUAUAUCCAGAACUCAGCCGCAGAUUUUGAUCUCCAAUCGAGUCUCCGUACAAAUCAACAACGGUUGAGUUGUGGGGAAGCUGCAACAGCCUCGGCUACUACCAGUCCUCUGCCGGUGAUGCAAGAGGCCAAUCGCAAACGCAUUGGAGACUUGGAGAAGAGUCUCGUGCAGAAUUGGCGCCGAUUGGUUGGCGGCUAUUUCAAGAGAUUCAAGCCACCUCAAUUCACCUAUUACGGCCCCGACAAUUCCACAGACAACGCCGUGUCUAAAGGCUAUGUCGCCAUCGAAGAGGUUAUGGAGUAUGCUUUUCUGCGCGCCGACUUGGAUUUCGUCAAAGCGCAAGCGGCCAAGCGUGAUGACGAUCUCGCUCAAGCGGAAAAGCCGCUGAACGAGGAUGAGAUUCUCUAUAGUCCUAGCUUGACGCGAACUCCGAAGAUCGGUGGUCGGUCGCGAUUCAAGGGCGGAAGUACUGGCAGUAUCGCUCUAAUCUCAACACCCAGUCCGACGCCCUUCUGGCACCCAGCCGGUCCCUCGAGUCUACUGGUGGCUCAUGUGGGCGACACUCGAAUUUUACUCUGCUCGACUCUGACCGGUCAAGCUGUCCCGCUCACUUCCAACCACCACCCAUCCUCUCCAAUCGAGGCAGGCCGACUGCGCCGCUACGCUGCCACCUUUGUGACCGAUUCAUUCGGCGAAGAGCGCAUGAGCGGACUGGCAAAUACCCGUGCGUUCGGUGAUGUCCAAUCCAAGCGCAUUGGCGUGUCCGCCGAGCCUGAGCUUUGUCGCGUCGAGAUGGGCCCGGCCGAGUUUUCUUUCAUGGUCAUGGUCUCGGAUGGUAUCAGCGGUACCCUGCAAGACCAGGAGAUCGUGGACAUCGUCAAAGAAGCCCGGACCCCCGAGCAAGGCGCGCGAGAUGUGGUCAGCUUCGCUACCGAGGUGACCCGAGAAGGCGAUAAUGCCACUUGCCUGGUCAUUCGACUUGGUGGUUGGGAGCGACGACUGGAAGGCGGCGUGGGCAGUUUGGGGACGAAGGAGUCUCGCGAGUGGCGGCGACAGGAUGCCACCGAUCCGCGCAGGUCACGGACGUGA